GGCGUUAUACAAUUUUCGAUUGUUUUUAUUUUUUUAGUUAUAAAUUAAUAAUUUAUUGUAAUGGUCAUAAGUGAAGAUUAUUUGAAAAAUAAAUUAACUGAUAAACUCGACGCUUCAUAUGUGUCAGUUCAUGAUGACUCUGAUGGAUGUGGUGCCAAGUUUAGUGUAAUUGUUGUGUCAGAUCGCUUUGUUGGAAAACCUUUGCUACAACGUCAUCGUAUGGUAAAUGAAAUUCUUUCUGAUGAACUUAAAGAAAUACAUGCAUUUUCUCAGAAGACAUUGACAACUGAACAAUGGAAUAAUAUGAAUAAAAACUGAUUUGUCUUCUACAACUUAUUUUAC